CUUCCACCGCUUCUCCUAUAUUGAAUAAAAGGUUAAACCCUAGCACCGUUUCCCCUCCACCACCAUAUAAGUUAGUCACAAAAGGUUCUCAUCUUCUUCUCUCUCUCACGCGCUUGUUCUCUCGAUCGUUUCGUGAUCCCCGCAAUGGCGAGUGCCGAUCCCGAGCGCCGGGACAAGGAGGCUGGCGAGGGCGCCGGCGGCGAGGAGGAGGACACCGGAGCCCAGAUCGCGCCCAUCAUCCGCCUCGAGGAGGUUGCCGUCACAACCGGCGAGGAGGAGGAGGACGCCCUUCUCGACCUAAAGGCGAAGCUGUACCGGUUCGACAAGGAGGGAACCCAGUGGAAGGAGAGGGGGACUGGGAACGUGAAGCUCCUUAAGCACAAGGAGACCGGCAAAGUCCGGCUGGUCAUGCGGCAGGCCAAGACCCUCAAGAUCUGCGCCAACCAUCUAGUUCUUCCGUCGAUCAAGAUUCAGGAACACGUGGGGAAUGAUAAGUCGUGCGUGUGGCAUGCAUCAGAUUUUUCUGACGGGGAAUUGAAGGAGGAGAUGUUCUGCAUUCGGUUCGGCUCUGUUGAGAACUGCAAGAAGUUCAAGGAGACGGUGGAAGGUAUUGCCGAAUCCCUUGGAAAGAAUGAAGAGAGAGAGGACAAGGAUGUCUCAGCUACUGCUGGGCUCGUCGAGAAAUUGAGUGUUGGUGAAAGCACAAGCGAGGUCACAAACAGUGCAUCUGCUCCUGAGACAGCAGAACCUGCUUCUACUGCAGAUGUGAGGAAAGAUGAAACAGAAGCCGAGGAACGUACAGAUUGACAAGCCUGAUGGAAAUGUCUUCCAUACUUAAUAUGAAAUCUACAUUUCCCGCUUUCUUCAUAUGAGGUUGGUGAGGUUCUUCAGAAAAUUUCUUGGAUAUAGUUGUGAUAGGAAAUGGUCAAGAUUUGUCAAGGAGAUCGACUCUGAGUAAGUUGUUCGGGUGAAAUUCUUUUUGAUAAGUUUAUGUUGUUGUUACUUGGUCUUGCAGCUGUAUUUGCGAUGGACAAUCCUGUUGAGUGGGUGCAGUAUUUAUAUGGUGGACAUGUCCAGGUUUAAUGAUUGGAUUGGUUUUGUUUAAUACUGUCAUUAUGAAGGUUUGUCUAGUUAAUACAUCUUGAGUUGCAUGGCAUUAUUCGUCUUUUUAGUGUUUA